AUGGAGAUACAGGAAAAGCAGGCGGAGGCAGCGGUGACUGAGAAGAACAUCGAUGAGGCUAGAGAAAGCUAUAGGUGUGUAGCUUACCGAAGUAGCCUUAUAUUCUUCUGUAUUGUAAGCCUCACUAGUAUUGAUCCUAUGUAUCAGUACUCAUUAAGGUGGUUCCAGCAGCUAUUUUCUUUGGGGAUAGAUCAGGCCCCGAAGCCGACCGAUGUCUCGGACUUGGAUGCGAGACUGGAUAGUCUUAUAGACUAUAACACUUAUAUCUUCUACCAGAAUGUAUGUCGAGGGCUCUUCGAGAAGGACAAGCUCAUGUUCUCCUUUGCCCUGUGUAUCAAGCUUAUGCAGGGCGAUGACCGUGUCCCUGCCAACGAGCUUAGAUUCCUCCUCACUGGACCGACAGAGGACUACGUCGAGACUGGCCCGCCCAUACCUGCCGAGUGGAUAUCAAAGGCCACAUGGAAUGAAGUGCUUGGUCUACAGUCCCAAGUGCCGGAGUGUGCUGGUCUUGCAGCUAGCAUUACCGAGAAGGUUGAUGAAUUCCGGAAGAUAUAUGAUACCACGGAUGCCCACAGUCUCAACCUGCCCGAGCCCUGGGAGGAGCUCCUCACACCUCUGCAGAAGCUGUGCCUCCUCCGGACUCUACGACUGGAUGAGGUCAUCCCUGGAGUCGUUAGCUUCGUGGCUACAGAACUGGGCCAGAGGUUCGUCGAGCCGCCUACCUUCGAUAUCUCAAAAUCUUUUGCUGACUCUACUAAUAUGAACCCUCUUAUCUUCAUCUUGUCCAGUGGCAGCGACCCUACUAGUGAUGUGCUUGCCUUUGCUGAGUCGAUGAGCAUGUCGAAGAAAAUGGAGGCUAUCUCGCUAGGGCAGGGUCAAGGCCCUAAGGCGGCUAAGAUGAUAAAUCAUGCAGCGGCCAAUG